AUGGCAACAGACGAGUGCGAACAGAACACUCCCAUAAAUGUAGCAAUGCAACUCACGAACAUCCCUACAAAUUUCUAUAGAAAAUAUCAUGAGAGAAUUUACCUCCUAUUUUUUUUUCUUUCCCACCAUUUCACUGCUACUGCUUGCCCUCUGAGACACCAGCUCAUUCCUGCAGCUACCAGCAGUCUCCAGCUCACUCCUGCAGCUUCCAGCCGUCCAGCUCACUCCUACAGCCUCCAGCGGCUGCUGGCUCACUCCUGCAGCACUUUACUGACGUCCCGCUACUUAUUCCAGCACCCGCUGAUGCCUGACGAUCUGAUCCAGUGCCCACUGACAUCCAGCGACCAGUUCCAGCGCCCGUUAAUGUCCGGGUACCGUUCCCAAACAAAUGACCUCUGUCGCCUUACCAUCCACCUUGACACUGGCGCAGCCAUCAGUGUGAUACCACCCACCAACAGAUCCACCUUGAAUCCCACCAAAUUCCAAGUUCGAGCGGCAAAUGGCUCCACCAUAGAAACCUAUGGGAACGAGGAACUUACCUUGAAUAUCAACCUCAGGCGUGGCUUCAAGUGGUCAUUCACUGUAGCUGACGUUAGGACACCCUUGCUCAGUGCCGACUUCUUGGCACAUUACAACCUGGCUGUCCAUAUGAAGACAAGGACCCUGUCCGACAACACGACAUCCAUCAAGAUCACAGAGAUCACUUCGAGCUUCAACACAACUAGGAUCAGCGUGGCAACACAGCACGACCCACACUACGUAGAAAUCCUGCGCUGGUACAAGGACCUCACACAAUCCAUUAAACCAACUGAUGCAGGCGAUCAUCAUACACAACACCAUAUAAAGACCACUGGACAACCAGCAUAUUCACGGCCACGACGACUCCCUCUACACAAAUUAGGAUAUGCCAAGAAAGCGAUCUGCGUGGAUUACCAGAAACUCAAUGCAUCCACAGUGCCCAACCGGUAUCAUGUUCCGCACAUCCACGACUUUGCCUCAGGUCUACAGGGGGCCCGCAUUUUCUCAAAAAUCGACCUGACCAAAGCCUACUACCAAGUUCCAGUCACUCCGGAGGACAUCCCAAAGACAGCAGUCACAACCCCUUUUGGACAGUUUGAAUUCCUAAAAAUGCCCUUCGGACUGCGCAAGGCAGCCCAGACAUUCCAGAGACUGAUGGAAGAAGUUCUGCGUGGCCUACCAUACGUCUAUGCAUACAUUGAUAACAUCCUAGUGGCUAGCAGAGACGCCGAUCUCCACAAACAACACCUGGAGGAAGUGUUCCGCCAUCUAACACAUUACGGCCUCUGA